AUGGCUUAUAACGGCAAGAGCUCUUCUCUAGCUGGCUCAGGCUUUAAAGUAGAAGAUUAUUUAACCACUUUCUUAACCGCCAUUACUUCGAAUAAUGCCCAACUUCUAAUUGAUUGUGUUAGUAUAUACCCUAAUAAUCCACCGGGAGAUAUAAGAGCAAAUCUUGUUGUCAAUGAGUUUGAUUUCGGCUACUUGCCAGAAAAGUAUCGACCAGUGGCUUUAGCACAUUUUGAAGUCAUGAGAGCCAUCCACAAGAAGAAGAACUUACAAGAUGUAUUUGUUCAAUUGAUAAAGUUAACUGAUUGUACCAUUAAGGCAGCAGAAACAGAAGAUAGUUGGAUAAACCCUGUUGUUAUUCAUUUAUGCGAGACUUUAGUCACGACGCUUGGUGUACGGAAUAGAAUGGCUCAAAGAGAUAAUAAUAAGAAGAGUGUAAAAGGUUCUAGUAUAACUGCUAAUUGUGAAUUGGUAGUAACAACCAUAAACAAAGCUCUCAAACAAGCAUUAUCCGAUAAAAACUCCGACUUGAAAACAAGUAAAAGAAAUGAUAUAUAUUUCUUUGCGGGAUGUCUAAUUAAACUUUAUUUCAAAUUGGGUAAAUAUGAACUUGCACAAUCCAUUGAAAGAGCUAUUCAUGGAACAAGAUUCCCUAUUCCAAAUAUAAGAGAUUAUCAGUUUAAAAAGUAUUCUGUGAUUUAUUUAUACUACACUGCACUUUUAGCACUUGAUGCAAAUGAAUUGAAUAAGGCUCAAGAUAAUUUAAGUUUAGCCUUUCAUCUUAUCACCUUUUACAAAUCAAAACCCAAACCUUCCAAUAAGCAAACCAUGAGAAUCCUCCUUUUACUUAUACCGUUAUCAUUGCUUAAUAAUCGUUUACUUCCUGCUGAAAGAGUAUACCAAGAUUAUCCAGUGAUUAAAUAUAUUUUUCAAGACCGUUUAUUGAAGGCUAUUUGCACUGGUGAUAUUCAACUCUUUGAUAAAUCUAUCAAUGAAUUCCAAUUGCUAUUUCUAAGAAACCAUAUCUACAUUUUGGUGCCUGGUUUACGUUCCUUGUGUUACUACAAAUUAAUAAAGAAGACAGCUAUGUUAGUGAAAGAGCUUAAUCUUGACUCUGCUUCUAGUCAUAUUGUUCCCCUCAAUGCCUUUCAAAAGUCUAUUUCAUUUGCAUCAUCCUCCUCCAAAACUUCAAAUGUCGUUGGUGUAGAGGUUCCGUUGGCUGAGAUUGAAUGUAUAUUAGCCAACUUAAUAUUUGAUGGAAAGGUCAAAGGCUAUUUGUCUCAUACUAACAAAUGCAUUGUUCUUUCAAAAGUUGAUGGGUUUCCAAAAACAUUGAUCAAAUAA